AUGCUAGCCCCCUACCGCAGUAGAAUGCUGCAGCGGUGGACGCUGCGGACAGGCAGGCGUGUGUUCCACGCGAAGUGCUGGGGGCAUGGAAAGAAGAAUCUCUGCUGCGUUUUUAAAAGACAUUUCAGUAACACUUCGAUGGGUGGAGGAGAUAAGAGGCCUCCGGGCGAAGAAGCAAAGGGGACGGCGAAGCCACCAUGCCGCAGCCGCAGUAGUCCCCCUACCAGUGAAGAGAUCAAGCAGCAUAUCCAAAACGAAUACGGGAUUUGCCCCAGUUCUAUCGAUGUUAACAUCCAAAGAAAUGGAGAAAAGGAUUUGUUCAAGUUAAGCAAAAGGUGGAGUGCCUUCUUCAAAUGUGAAAAGGAUUUACACGACGUGAUAAAUAAAUACAUAAAGACAAAUAAAAUGGACUACCAUUUGCAUGCCUACUUAGAGGGGAUCCCGAGUGAAGACGGUCAAGGAGGGGAAGAUGUGAAGGGCAGGCCACCUCAAAUGGAGGAACAAUUGAAGAAAAUCUUAACCUACAUUAUGUCCCUUUUUUACAGACAAAUUCAAGACUUCAAUAUUUUGUCUAUCUUAAGUGAGCGUAUUAUCCGUUUACUAAAAGGAGGGAAAUCCCAAAAUGAUGCUAAUGGAGAUGGCCGACCCAUCAAUCAGGACAGUGUCUGCCUGGACAAAGCCACCAUUUUAACGACACUCCAAGUGUACAAUUAUGUGAACGCCAUGAACGAUGAAUUAUUCGAUCGACUCUUUUCUCUACUGAACAAAUGUUACGUGGAGUCGGCGCCAUCGGGAAGUCCCCUCAUAAUCAGCGAUGACGAAAUUGUACUUACGCUGAAAAGCCUAUAUAUCCAGAAGUUUAAAAAUCAUGUCAUUGUGGAUACUAUCCUAAAGUCACUUAGGGACGCCCCCCAUUUGAGUGCACACCUUUCUGUGCAUUCGUUCCUUUACCUCACGUUUCUAUCCAGGAUGGAUAAUGAUUCCCUUUGCAAGGUAAACUCUGCACUGUUGUAUGUCUGUCCGAUGGGGCAAAUCGACAGGGGAGACUCCAGUGCAGCCACGGAAGAGAAGACAAUCAAUCGAAAUGAGAAGGAACAAUCCGUAAGAAGUGAAAAACCCACAUGGAAAAAUCAAAUUGAGCAAAUAAAAUUCAGAGUCCCGCUAUCAUCAACAGAUUGUGUAAAGCUUCUCUACGGCUACUUCCUCCUGGGGGAGAACCACAUUAACUGGUUCGUUAUCCAUAAACUCCUUCUGCGAUUGCACGAGGAAUUGAAAUAUGAGGAGAAAAUCCUUUUGUUUGAGAAGGAGAACAAGAAGGUACUCCAAAUGGUAUCCAUCGUGAGGACCUAUUUAAGGUACAAAAAAAGAAGCCUCUACGAUAAUUUGCCCAAGGGUCUCAAAAGGGUAUUAAAGAAGUUGCAGAGCCUUCAUGCAGAUGAUGAAUACACAAGAAGGAAGGACAGGAAGUUUGUCCAGAAGGUAUCAUGGCAUUUAAUGAAACUUCGCAUUGCGCAUGUUAAGAAUGGACAUAAAGGUGGGAUCCCAUUGGACAUUCUGGAGAAGGAUAAAAAACUGGUGUGGCUGUGCUUUUCGUAUCACCAGUACUACGUUAGGACGAUUGACUUAACGGCCGAGACGUUGUUGCAGAUGGAUUUACUAAAAUGUAUGAAUUAUCGCAUUGCCAAAGUGCACUACUAUCAGUUUUCCCGCAUGAAGGCAAGGCGAACUCGAUUCGAGUACAUACGGAUGUGCCGCUACUACACCCUGCGCGACAGACGCAACUACGACGAUGAGUUCGAGGGGUGGAAUUUGCCCUACAUCAACUGGUACCACCGGAAGAACAAGAACGUCCACGUGUCCAACUACUUCUACGGCUGCACCCCCGUCUCGCACAUGCAAUAUUAG